AUGAAAUCUCGAGAUAAAAAAUAUUUAAUAUAAGAUAUAUAUGAAAGUCGUUUAUAUGAAGAAAUGAAAAUACUUUAAUAAAAAUUUAUAAAUAAUGGAAAUAAAAUCGAUGACGAACGUUUAAUGUUUCUUUAAGAUUUACAUAAAAUGGAAAUAAUUGAAGAUUCAUAAUAAUAUUCAUCCGCUUAAUUAAGAAUGAAUGAAAUUGAUCGUUUAUAAAAAAGAGGAGACAUGCCUCCUUGUAUGACUUAUUUAAUUUAAGGCUUAAAUGAUAAUCAUCAUUUAAAACAUUUUGGAAGACUUUAAUUGGGUCUUUUUUUAAAAGGUGCUGGCUUAAGUUUAAAUGAGGCUUUGCAUUUUUGGAGAUAGAAAUUUUCUAAAUUUACUGAGGAUUAAUUUAAAAAAAAUUAUGAGUAUAAUAUUAAGCAUAAUUAUGGAAAAUAAGGAAAACAUACUGAUUAUACACCUAUGAGUUGUUAAAAAAUACUGAGUUAUAAUCCUUUAAGUGAUGAAUACCAUGGAUGUCCUUUUAAAGUUAUGGAAACUAAUAAACUUAAAAAUUGGUUGAAAAUUUAUUAUAAAAUUAAUGAUAAUUAAUAUUAUGAUAUUGAAAAAUUUAAAAAACUAAAAACUUUUAAGUAAUAUUUUUUUUUUAAUAUAAUAUUAUUUAUAAAUAAAUAAAAGCUUGCUUGUAGAGAAUUAUUUAAAAUAAAAAAUACUCCCUUAGAUAAAAAAUCAAAUUUAGAUUAGAAAAUUGUUGAUAAAAUUGGAACACAUCCAAAUGUGUAUUUUGAAUAAGCUUUAAGAAUAAAUGAACCAGGGAGAUUCGAAGAUAGUAGUAUUAUUAAUAAAAAAGAUAAUAAUAGUUAAAAAAUAAAUAGUAAAAAUAAAAUGGAUUUAGAAUUCUGA